AUGGACAUCUAUGUUCCAGUACAGGAAACGCAAGGCGAGACAGACAACAGCGAUGCGCAAAGCAUCGGAUAUCAGAGGAAGCUACUCACCGGCAAACGGCUCCUCGUGGCCUUCCCGGCGUUGUCAGUUGCUUUGUUCGGCUCCUUCAUCGACCAGACCAGCGUCUCGACCUGCAUUCCCGCCAUAUCGGCCGAGUUAGGCACGGGAAGCUCGACUUCACGGAUCAGUUCCUCGUUCCUGAUUGCAUUGACGGCAUUCCUGCUCAUUAAUGGCCGCAUGUCGGACAUUUUCGGCCGCAAGAACGUGCUGUCUUGUUCGGCCACGAUCGCGCUAGGAGACCUGCUCUGUGGCUUUGCUAGGUCGAAGGAGCAGCUGUUUUACUUUCGGGCUAUUGCUGGUAUAGGUGGCGGUGGUGUCAACAGUGUGGUUUUGAUUAUUGUGAGUAACAUGACCACUUUGAAAAAUAGGGGCAAGUAUCAAGGGAUUAUUGGAGCCAUUAUUGCCAGCGCCAAUGGUAUAGGUGUCUUCCUUGAAGGUGCUGUCAUCGAAAAAACAUCGUGGAGAUGGGUGUUCUGGAUUGUGCCUCUGAUUGCUGUCCCCGCCGGUCUUGUGAUUUUCUUCCUCUUAACUCUGAGGUUUGAAGCCGGCAACUAUCUUGAGAAGGCAAAAAAGGUACACUACGGCGGUAUCCUGCUCAGCCUAGCAACAGCUCUAUUGAUUCUGGUUCCCUUGCCUGGAGCUGGUGUUACCUACGCCUGGAACUCAGCAACAUUGCUCGGAAUAAUUAUCGUAGGAGCAGUGAUGACAGUCCUGUUCGUCCUAUUUGAGUGGAAAGUUGCAUCACUCCCAAUUAUGCCCUUGCGCGUAUUCCAAGCGCCAAACUGCGCCUACAUGUAUGCCCAGUCUUUCUUCUCUGGAAUAGUCCACUAUGGAAACUUCUUCUAUCGUGAGUGGGCCAUCAUAUUAGGGGCAUUGAUGCUGCCCAUUAUAGUGGCCACCUCCAUCUCCUCCAUUGCCUGUGGGCAGUUUCUGGCGCGCAUCGGACGUUAUAUGCCACCCAUCGUUGUCGGGUAUGGCCUUUGGACCGUAGAAUCAGGGUUGGCUAUACUCUUUGGCCAGGAAUCUCGUCCGUGGAAGAUGACUAGUAUACUAUUAGUCGAAGGAUUCAGCAUCGGAAUGACAUUGCACACCACUCUGAUUGGACUCCUGGCAAAUUCGAGAAGUGAGGACAGAGGAGUGCUGACCACUUUGCGGAACUUCCUACGCACAGUUGGCGGGGCAUUUAGGCUUACGGUGAUUCUCUUCAACAACCUACGCACACAUUUCACUAACCUGCCAUACCUACCAGCCGACGUCCUGCCUGGUCUGACCUCCUCGACGUACCAGCUAGACAGUUUACAUCUCACCAGCGAAGAGAAACAGCAGGCGCUCGCAGUCUACAUGGAAGGUAUGCACUGCAUCUUCAUAUUCUACACAGCCCGUAGUGCGAUAACCUAUUAUUGUGCCUUGACAUUGGGAAUACACACCUGCACAAGAAGCACAAGAAGCACAAGACCAAUGCGGCUGCAGCGAAAACAGAAAUUACUGCUCAGCGGCUUCCGGAGCCUAGGACCGAGGACAGUUCCAAAGUAG